AUGGUCGACAAUGACAGUAGCCGGGUUACGGACGAUAUCACACCCUCCGCUGUGCCAAUCGUACCGAACAUCAGCUCGAAUCGGUUACACGUCAUUAUCGCUGGACUAUGGCUGUGUCUUUUCUUAUCUGCCUUGGACACUACCAUCGUCACGACCGCGCUCAUCAAAAUUUCGAGUGAUUAUGGCGCUCUGGAGCAGGCGGCAUGGCUAAUUACCGCGUAUCUACUUACGUAUAACUCGUUCUUGAUGAUCACAGCAAAGCUGAGCGACAUUUGGGGCCUCAAGAGUCUCCUCUUACUUUGCGCGUCAAUCUUCCUGGUAUUCUCCAUGGCUUGUGGCGGAGCGCAGACGAUGACUCAACUAAUCGUGUUCCGCGCCUUCCAAGGCAUUGGAGGAUCUGGCCUCUACAGCUUGACAUUCGUCGCCAUCAUGAAGAUGAUUGUACCUGAGAAGAUUGGCUUCUACUCUGGUAUUGUCAGCUCGGUAUUCGCUCUGGCAAACCUGCUAGGGCCUCUACUCGGUGGAAUCAUCGCUGAUCGGACAACUUGGAGAUGGAUAUUCUUCAUGAAUGGCCCCGUAAUCGGUGUCGCAAUGGCAAUGUUAUUCUUCUCGAUGCCUGCAAUCGACGACGGUAGAACGAAUCUGCAACGCAUACGCCAUUUGGACAUCUAUGGUGGCAUCUUGUCUGUCUGCUGGCCUAUACCUCUCAUCUACGCCCUUCAGGAAGCCGGUGUGUCGCAUGCCUGGGGCAGUGGUGUUAUCAUCGGACCACUUGUAGCUGGAAUCGCUCUCCUGGUACUCUUUGGGUUGUAUGAGUAUUGGAUAUCGUCCAGAUCGCAGACAGCCCCCAUCUUUCCUGUACAAUUUCUCCGGAAUGCACCCAUGGCGUGGACUUUAUUGAGUCAGUUUCUCUUAGGAUUCGCCUUUUACGUUGUCUUCGUCCAGCUGCCACAACGCUUUCAGGGAGUGAACUUUACAAGCGCGGAGCGUGCCGGUAUCCUUCUGCUUCCUGCUACCGUUGUGACUCCGAUUGGUGCUAUGGCGUCUGGAUUAGCAGUGAAGAAGGCACCAGUUGAGAUUGUCUUGAUUGGCUCGACCGCGAUCGUAUGCGUUGGUAUUGGACUUCUUAGUAGUUUGCCGACCUACUCUCAUCUGUGGCCUGGACUGUACGGUUACGAAAUUAUUACUGGUCUUGCUUUGGGUCUUGCAAGUCCGCCAUAUUUCGUGCUUGUCGCUACCUCAAUUCCAGAAAAGGACAUCGCUGUCGGUACCGGAGCGCUCAACAUGGUGCGGACGCUUGGCGGAUGUGUCGCCGUCGCCAUCUGCUCUGCAAUCCAUCGCGAGCACUUGAACACAGGGUUGUCCAGUUUUUUGAGUCGCGAGGAAGUCAGGGAAAUGCAAAGUUCGACAUCGUUGAUUGCGCACUUACCGGAUGCGGCGAGGGAUCGUGUUGGUGUUGUCCUUGGUAACAGCUACAAUAGGCAGUUCCAAGUCAUGCUGGCGUUCACAGGACUCAAUGUCAUCGUCGCUGUCAUUUUAGCCAUCGUCAGAAAGCGAUCCGGGCUAUUCGGCCUCAUACCUGAAAGGAAAGAAGGGAACGAGUAUGUGGAGGCUAAAAUCGACCAGAGCGGGCCUGCAUCGAGUGGAGCGCUGGCUCAAGAUACUUGUGAGAAACAGGCUUCUGAAAUCGCGGCUCCACACAGACCGAAUGAUAACGCGGGCGCGUGCCUUGGAAAACGAUCAUGA